CUUGUACCUCACCAGCUGCCCGCUGGCGGAGGCCAUCAUCUUCUCCGGCGUGCAGCGUGCUGUGGCCGACGAUGCCCGCAUGGCCGCCUCCCUCCUCCGCCUCCACUUCCACGACUGCUUCGUCAAUGGUUGCGACGCGUCGGUGCUUCUGGACGACACGGCGGAGAUGACGGGGGAGAAGACGGCGGGGCCGAACGCCAACUCGCUGAGGGGUUUCGACGUGGUGGACGGGAUCAAGGCGGAGCUGGAGAUGGCCUGCCCGGAGACGGUUUCCUGCGCCGAUCUCCUCGCCAUUGCUGCCCGAGACUCUGUUCUUUUGUCGGGAGGACCGACAUGGCCGGUGGAGGUCGGCCGGAGGGAUGGCACUGUCGCCAGCUUGUCCAUGGCCACCACCAACCUCCCAUCUCCGACGUCCGGCGUCGCUACCCUUCUCCAAAAGUUUGAAAACGUCGGCCUCUCCGCCAAGGACAUGGUCGCUCUCUCCGGCGCCCACACCAUCGGCAAGGCCCGCUGCUCCACGUUCGCCUCCCGCCUCACCGGCACAGGCGACCGUCUCUUCCUGCAGUCUCUGCGGCAGCUCUGUUCUGGGUCGCCAUCGUCAAAUGGGACGACGACAGCCUCAUCGUUGGUCCACCUCGACGUGGGCUCGCCAAUGGUGUUUGACAACCAGUACUACGCCAACCUUUUCGCCGGCGAGGGGCUACUUCAGUCGGACCAGGCCCUGGCUGGGGAAGCAGGGGAGGUGGGCCUGCUCGCAAAGGCCUAUGCCGCAGACGAGGCGCUGUUCUUCGAGGACUUCACGGCCUCCAUGGUGAGGAUGGGCAGGCUGGCGCCGCCAGCGGGCAGCUCUGGCGAGGUCCGCAAAAGUUGCCGGGCAGUCAACUCUUAAUUAGCUUAAGCACUAUAUAUAUAUAGCAUCAAUUAUCAUAACUUAAUCAUGAUGAUUAACUAACUAAUCACUAGAAGUAUACUAGCGUCCUAAGUAUGCACCAGUGUGUUACUGUGACUAAGGUAGAAACAGAUGUUAAUUUGUGGGGUUUAGUGGUUAAUUUGAAUGUUAUCACUAUGAUUUUAAUUAGGUAAACUAUUGGAUCAAAGAUUAAAGAAUCAAGAUCAAAAGCUAUGCAUCUAUAAAACUCUA